GAGUCUGAACAGAAGCCUGUCGGUAAAGACCUCGCCAUGGAUCUAACAGUCAAGUCUCAUGUGGACCGUAGCACUGCUCAGCGAAUUGUACCCAUGAGAUGUCUGGCCUUAGGAAUGCCCAGAACGGGCACUAACUCACUACGCGAUGCAUUGAAGAUCCUAGGCUUCAAUGAAUGCUACCAUCAAGCCACUCUAGUGCAGAAUCCGGAGGAUGCUUACUUAUGGGUGAAAGCGUUACGGUCAAGAGGCUCCAAUCAAGCCUUCGGCAGACCUGAAUGGGAUGCUUUACUUGGCCACUGUCAAGCAGUGUGCGACGUGCCCGUAGUGCACUUUUGCGAGGAACUGGUAGAAUCCUACCCCGAAGCCAAAGUCAUUCUCACAACCAGAGAUUUCGACGAGUGGCACCGCUCAAUUUCAGAGACGGUAGAGCGGCGAUAUCAUAGUCGUCGUUUAUUUCUUCUGUCUUUAAUUGAUCGCAGCUCCAGCCUGUACGCAUCGGUGUUCUGUGAAGGAUGGCGUAAGAUGUUUGAUGGAAACUUCGAAAAGAACAGCCGAGUAGUGUACGAUGCUCACAAUGAGAGGGUGAGAAGACUAGUACCAAGAGACCGGUUACUUGAGUACCAUGUGAGCCAAGGGUGGGAGCCGUUGUGCAAGUUUCUCGAGGUGCCUGUACCUGCGAUGCCUUUCCCAAGCGGCAACACAAAAGGUGACUUUCACGCGGCAUGCGAUGAAUUGGAUAGGAGCCGCUUUGUUGCCUGCUUGAGAAACAUAGCAGUGACUGUCGUAGUGGUGGUGGCCGCAGUGGCUAUGUGGCGGCCAAGUCAAUGAAGCGGGAAGCUUUGGGACUGAAAAGAAGUCAGGUGUGCAGAGAC